GCCAUUUUGGGGGUUGGCAGAGUGUAGUUGUGGCUUCGUACUGCUGCUGGCGUUCGACGUCGAGGUGGCGUAGACCUGCAGUUCCGUGGAGAGAAAUGCGGAGUGGUUUGUGAGAGAGACUGAGCCUUCUGUGAAGUGUGCCCUGAAGGAAUACUCCAUGUCAGACAGAAUGGAGCUUCCAACUCCCUCAACAGACAUAGCAGAUAUGAAUCUGAAGAUAAUUCAUACAGAGUGCAGUCGAGAAUCCUUGCUUAUAGCAUUCAAGGGUGAACGCAAGGGAGGGUGUGAACCUGACUACCACAUACUACAACAAGAAAUACAGCAUGUAUUCAAAGCCAAAGAUAAUGUUGACAUUGGUGGAUCUUGUUUGGUGGAAGACAAAGAAGGAAAUUGGUUUAGAGGAAAAGUUCUGGAAAAGAGAGGGCAUUUUUUUGAGACCUUCCUUAUAGACACUGGACAAGUGGUAAUGGUUGAGGAAGUCCAUGUUGCUUCUGCUUGUGAUAAAUUUUUCCAGCUGCCACCAAUGAUAGUUUGGGGGAUUUUUGCAAACAUAGUUCCUCAUGGAGAAAAAUGGGGUCCAAAAGCCAUAAACUAUUUUUCAUCACUGGUGGGAUUAGAGGUCACAGGUCACGUGGAAGCUGUUACAUCAUGCCAGUUGUUUAUUCUUGAAGUACCGAAGAUCAUCAGCGAUGUUCUUGAACUGAACUUAGGGAAACUUAUGGAUAGAGAUUCCUUUUGUCUUAUUGUAGAAAUGUUAAAAGCAUUUUCCCCGCAGUUCAGGACAGUGCCACAAUUUCUGCAGCAGAAACGUUCAGUCCAGGAGUUGUGUAGUUUUAGUAGUAAUCCUGAGAAACCAUCAGACUCCUGGUUAUUUUCAGAUGUUCUCUUUCCAAAUCUACCAACUGACAGUAGGGUAAGUGUAAAAAUAACUGCUGCAGAAAGCCCAAGUAAAUUUUACUGUCAGAUACAAAAAUGGCAAAAAGAGCUGGAAAAUUUGACAGAAGCUAUGUGUUUGUAUUAUGAAGAUACCAGCACAAAAAUUAAUACAUUUUCUGAUAGUUUAGGGCAAUUUUGUGCUGCUAAAAGGAAAAAUGGACAGUGGCAUAGAGGAGUGAUAAGACAGCUUCUACCAGACUUGUCUGUGGAAGUCUGGUUUAUGGAUUUUGGUAACAUCGAAGCUGUGCCAUCUAGUUGUGUUCAGAAGCUUCUAGCAGAGUUCAUGUCACUACCAAUGAUUUCAUUCCCGUGUGCAUUGUCUUAUUUUGCUAAUCGUGAUAAGGCAGUAACAAAACUUCAGCUGAAGAGAUUUAUACAGGCCUUGGCGGGACAAAAUUCAGUAUGUAUUUAUGUUAAUUCAUUUGAUGCCAGUGAUCACUUGUAUUAUAUUACAUUGCUAGAUGAAAAUUUUGAAAUUGAUACUAAAAAUCCAGAAAAGUUGAAUGAAGGAGCUGCCUUAUGUGUCUCACCUUUGGAAAACAAAAUCACCAGUAUUGGUGUAAGCUGCAAAGCACAUGCUGUGUGCUUUACACGCAGUUCUCACAAUUCAUGUGAGAAUUUGUCUGAAAAUAGACAGACAAAAAACUGCUUACCUGAACGGGGUGAGUCUUUAUCAAGUCAUUGCAAACGUGUAGAAAUGCAGAUGAAUUCUCAUCAUGCUGCUUUUGUGGUGUACGUCAUAAACCCGUCCAACUUCUGGAUUCAAACGUGUGCCUAUCAGAAUGAGUUUCAAGCCUUGACGGAAAAUAUUGCAGAUGUGUAUAACCAGUGUGGAGCUGAGGAAAGAGUCCUUAAAAACCCGGAACCUGGAUUACUGUGCUGUGCCCGGUAUAGCAAAGAUGGACAUUAUUAUCGAGGUAUUGUCACUGAAGUGCUUGAUGUAAAUGUUACUGUUUAUUUUUUGGAUUUUGGGAAUACAGACGUAGUACCCUCUUAUGAUGUGAAAAUGUUGCUUCCAGAGUUUUCUGAUUUGCCAGCUUUAGCCAUGUGUUGUGAACUUGCUUGUACUUUUCCUGUUGAUGAUAUGUGGGUUAAGAAGGAGAAUGAUUUCUUCAAAAAGGUUGUAUCUAACAAAGUACUGAUGUUUCAGGUCAUUGGGAAGCAUGGCAACAAAUACACUGUUAAUGCGUUGUAUAAUAUUGCUUCUCAGAAAUGCAGUGUUGCUGCUCUUAUGGUUCAGGCUGGAUAUGCAGAAUAUUGGGAAAGAUCAGAUUCUGCUCUGAACGUGUCCAAAAAAUUCCAAGCCCGGAAUCAAAGCAGAUCUAGACAAAAGCACGUAAAUGCACGGUGUACCUCUAAAACUUAUAAAAACAGUGCAGCACAAAAUAGACAGGUAGUUCAAAAGGAAAAAAUAUUAAGUAUGCCUUCUGUGCUGAGAAAGUCUGCUACACCAUCCUCGUUUGGAAAAGAUGUUCUCUCUGAAAGUCAUAAAUUGGAACCUGAGGAAGAAAUACAUUAUAAAGAGUUUGUUUUUAAACCAGGAGCUGUUUUUGAAGUGGUGUGUUCUUACAGUGUUUCCCCAGCAGAUUUUUCAUGUCAGUUGCAAAAUAAACUACCAGAGCUAGAUACCUUAAUGAAGCAAAUCCAGACCUACUAUAAAGAACAUACCCAUCCUUACAAAACUGGACAGAUUGCCUGUGUUGUUAAAUGUCCCAAAGAUGGGAAGUGGUACAGAGCAGCUGUUGUGCAGCAGGUAUCCCCAAAUGAAGUUGAUGUGAUUUUUGUAGAUUAUGGUUAUCGGGAAAGAGUUGUACUUAAUGAUCUUCAGGCUAUUCUUCCAGAUUUCUUAACUCUGGAAAGUCAAGCGUUUCAAUGUGCCCUUAGAAAUGUACCCUUACAGACUGAUGCAUUUAAUUGGCCUGAAGAAGUGUGUAGACAUUUUAAAGACUUCAUUUCUGCUUCUGUUGGGCCACUGACUUGCACUGUCUAUGCUCUUGUUCUUCUUAGUCCAAGCAGUCUGUGCAAUAUAGUUGACUUGCAGACUCCACUUGUUGGUACAGAGGAGUUUCUCAGGGAAUGUGGUCUCAACCACUCUGACUGUAUUGAAUUACAAAGGCUUAUACCUUUGGGUUCUCUGUACAGUUUUUUCUACUCAAGUUUUAAUAUAAAAAUAGGAAGCGAGGAAGAAAUUUACAUAACUCAUAUACAUAGCUUUUCAAAAUUCUAUUGCCAGCUUAAUCGAAACACUGAAACUAUAGAGGCAUUGAUGAAGAAGGUUAGUGAAACAAGCAAACUGUCAGAUCACACGAAGUGUUACACUAGCAACAUGCGUUUAUGUAUAGCUAGAUAUUUUGAAGAUGGUCUCUUUUAUAGAGCUUUGGUCUCUCCUAUGAAAUCAACGUCUUAUUUGUAUGCUGACUUCGUGGACUUUGGAAAUAAGCAGAUGACAGAGAGGGACCAGGUGAUGCCUCUUCCAGACUCUGCCACUGACCUUAUAUUCACACCCAUGCAAGCUAUUAAAUGCUGCCUGUCAGAUUUCAGGGAGAAAAAUGUUCCAGCUGGUGUUAUUAGAUGGUUUGAGGAGACUUUCCUUGGUAAACUGCUGAGGGCUGUGAUUGUAUCCAGAGAAUCAAAUGGCCAGAUUGUUGUGGAGUUGUAUGAUAAGCAGCUCCAAGUGGGUCAGAAAAUUGAAGAGAAAAUAUUGGAGGAAUUGGCAGUUGUUGCAGAUUAUACAGAAAAAUUUGUUGGAAGUCACAGAGUGAUGCAUCAUGGGAAAGGUGACAAAAAAGUUAAUGAAGGAAAUGCUAAAAAUCAUGGAAGAAUUGAAUUGAAAACUAAACCAGCACGUCAUGUACUUAAGUAUUGCCAGACAGAUGCAGAACAGGAUUUUAGAGAUGAAGAGCAAGCUGGUGGUAGCACAGAUAAACUGCACAGUGAUUCCUCCAGACCAUUAAGUUCUGAGAACAGUGAAGAGCCAGAUUUUCCAAAAACUGUCUGUACUGUUCUGGAACACAGAGAGAAACCUCUGGAUGGAAAGCCUGCUUCUCUAUCACAGUGUCAUCCUUCAGACUUGAACAGAAUAGCUAUAAAUGCUCCCUCUGAAUCUUGUACUGAGCGACAAACUAAUACAGGUCAGCAGAGAAGGAGUAAUCAGAAUGUUUCUGAAUUAACUAGUCUUCCUCCACGUGAUAUUCAGGUGAAUUCUGAAGUGGAAGUAUAUAUUUCUCACAUAAAUAAUCCAUCGAGUUUCUACAUUCAGUUUGUGGAGGAUGAAAACUUAAUAAUUCAACUAGAAGAAGAAUUAAAUGAAAGUGUGGUGAAUACCCAUCAUGAAACUGGCUUAGGUGAGCUCAGGGUAGGGGAUCUCAUUUUAGCAGAGCAUGCUGCUGACAGUUUUUACUACAGGGCAGUUAUAAAAGCUCUGAAAUCAGGAAACUCAUAUGAGGUUGAGUUCAUUGACUAUGGUAAUACAGCAGUUGUAAGCCCUUCCAAAAUCUGUGGAAUUCGAAGAAAGCUGUUAACUUUUCCGAGGCUCAGCAUUCACUGUUUCCUUAGCAAAGUAAAAACUCCUGAUGAAAGCUGGACUGAUGAAGCUACUUCCUAUUUUCUAAGCAAAAUAAAUGGUAAGCCAGUCACUUGCAAGCUCACAGAACAACAUGGAGAGCAGUGGGAAGUGGAUAUAAUUUGUGAUGGGAAGUCUUUGUCGUAUGACCUUCAGCAGAGAAAAGGCAAGACAGGAUUGCAAAACAAAGCAGUGCAUAAUUGGGAAAGUAUGCCAAAACAAAUUCAGGUUACAAAUGAUAAUCCUCAAGAUGGGAUGUCUAUGAAUGGCUUAGGGGAUCAAAGGGAAGAUUGUACUGCUGAGAUGAAAAGUAGUUCUGGAACACACUUAGAUAUCCCUCCUCAAGACCUGAAUUCUGAACAAGUAGAAAGAGCAGAAAUAAUGAAUAUUUCAGUGGGUGGAGAAUUCUAUGUACAGUUAGUUAGAAAUUUGCAAAUAUUAAAUGACUUAAACGUAAUGCUGGUCAAAGAAGCACAAGUAAGUGGUAUGCUUACAGUGGAAAACAUUGAAGAAGGGUUGGAGUGCAUGACAAAAUCUGAAAGGAACUUGAAGUGGUAUCGCUCAAAAGUGAUAAAGAUGUUUAUCAGGGAGAAGUUAAUGCUGGUUUAUUUCAUAGAUUAUGGCAACUGUGAGGUGGUGUCCUUAAAUAAUGCAAAGAUUCUCAGUAAUGAGAUUAAAAGCAUUCCUAAACAAGCUGUGUUUUGUGAAUGGGUUUGGUUUAAAAAACAGAAUAUUCCAUUUGUCCCUGUAGUAAAUGCACUCCUAAAUAGUGAAAUAAGGAUCUUGUUUCUGAGAUAUUUGGAAUCCUCUCAUAUCUGGGAAGUAGAAAUUUUAAUAGGGGAAUUUCUGCUUCUUGAGUAUUUGGAUCAGCCUUCAAGUCUUUGUCAGACUAUUGGGUUGGAAAGAUCCAGGAAUGUGGUCUGUAAGGAGUUCACUAAGUAUGUCAGGAUAAAUUCAAUCACCUGGGCACCUCUGCAAAGUGGCAGAAGGUAUCCUGGGUUUGCAACUAUGGUUACUGAUCCUUCAAAUUUCUGUGUCCAAUUUGAAGACACAUUUGACUGCAUGAAGAAGUUGACUUCGCUGCUCUCUGUUGUUCCUGAGAACUUGCCUGUUUUGCCUGAAGAAUUUGUAGCCCCUGGUACCAGCUGCUUGAUCCAGUUUGGACUAGAAGCACAGUGGAACAGGGCAGAGAUUAGUGAAGUCACAAGCCAGUCUGUUGUUCUUAGAUUUAUUGAUUAUGGCUUUCUGAAAAGCAUCCCCUAUUCAGCCAUCCAUAAACUUAAAGUUAUCCCAGAAGCUCUGUCUUACUUACCACGCUUGGCAUACUCUUGCUCUUUGCAUGGUAUGGUUCCUGCUGCAGGGGAAUACUGGAGUAGUGAAGCCAAACUUCUGUUUCAAGAACUUCUUGGUAAACCAGGUCUGAUAUUUCAUUUUAACCACUAUGGCUCUGGAAUGAGAUUAGAGGUUGACGUUCUGUAUGAGGGGAGUAAUUUAGCUCAUUCCUUAGUUGCUGCUGGCCACGCAGUCUACUCUACAAGUGGGUGCAGCCUUACUCCAGCUGGUAGAAAUCAAUCAGCCAAAAUGCAUUUGCAACCAAAGACAAAUUCUAAUUGUAGUAGAAUUUGUGAACUAGAUUAUAAUUAAACCAAACACGUCUUUGCUUUACUUCCACCAGGGGAAAAAAAAAGUAAACAAAAAAGAAUCUGAAGCAUGGGACUAUUUGUGAUAAAGCUUCAAAAAUAGGGUCUGAUAGAGAAGGUGCUGAUAUGUCACCAGUAAAAGAUCUGAGUUCAUGUAAGACUGAAAGAAAAGUACAUCCAGACUACAGUGUGAAGAAAGUUUUCAGCAGUGUGAUGACAUUAAAAGUAAAAUUGAUUUCUCCUAGGGUACUCCCAGAAGCACUGGCUGUGAUUCUGAUAAACCCCAGUCUGUAAUGACAGUGGUGUGAAAUUGAAAGAGAACUUCAGUAAUAACUGAACUGCAGGUUUAGAAGAAUAACUGCUGCAUAAGAAAAACUCAGCUUUCUAUUUACUUUGUUGAGACUAACCUCACUGUAGUGCCAGGCGGUACUUAGUUCAAAUGCCUCUGUGUGGUUGUUCUAAGGGUUAAUGAACUGUGGUUCUAGUUUCUGGUUAUCACUCAGUUCUAACAGCACAUCUUGUCUUUGUGUUUUGAAAGAUCACCUGGGUACUUAAAUGGCAGUUCUGUUUGUGUAGUGUUCAUAUGCAGCCUACAUAUUUUUAAAUUUGAUUUUUAAUAAUGUAAAAUAUACCUGUUUAAUUUGGAUGUGUUUGUACAUCAGUGCUUAUCUGUUGUUACAAAAUGGAGCCUGGUAAUGACAGUGAUUUAAAAUCUUUCUGAUUUAUGCAGAUUGCACACUAGGUGUAUUUGUGAGACUCUGUCUUUUAUUUUCAAUGCAUAAUGAGUCUAGUUUGAGGUAGUAGUUUCUCUUCUGAAGGACUGAUAACCAAGCUGCUUAAGUUAAAAACGAAAUAAUAAAGUAUUUUCAGGAUUAUACAGUACCUGAGAAAUUAGGGGACUUCGGCCAUUCGAUGUUACUAACUUUCAAGAAGGGCAUCAUAGGGUUAUAUUACAGUUGUUACUGGGAUGCCAACUAUGGAUUUUUUUCUCGUCUUGUUUCUUUAAUGAGCACUUCCCCUGCCCUCAACUUCAGACAUAACAGCACUUUUUUUUUUUUUUAAAGGAUGGACUAUACUUGUGGUGUAGUUGAGAGAAAAUUCUACUUAGAAGAAAGAUAUGGGGGCAUAGAUGACUUUCCCCUUCUGCUUUUUAGCAAGUGUAAUUCUGGGUGAAAAAUAUUACUUCAAUUUGGUAAAACACAACUGGAAACUACUGCUUAUCAUUUAGUGGUAUUCCUUGGUAUUUUUUCUGUAAAUUACUUGUUUGUACAUGACAUUGAUUCUUUUUUUUUUUUUUACUUAUGUAAGAGUGAUAAAGAACCAGUUACAUGGAAUUGAAAUAUCUGUAUGUUGAUAUAUUCAGUGUUCUGCCUUUUUGAUAUGAAUAAAAUAUGCUUAUCUUCUGUGU